UAUAUAUAUAUAUAAUCUUCUUCCCAUUCCCAACACUCGCGCUAAAUUCUCCAAUGGCCACUGCUCUGCUACUCAUUCCUCUGUUCUUCCUUAGUUUCCUUCUCUUGUUUUCAGCUGCAUAUUCGGCUACGUUUACAAUCACAAACAAGUGCAGCUACCAAGUUUGGCCAGGCUUACUUUCAAAUGCUGGCACUCCACAACUUCCCACCACAGGCUUCGCUCUUCAACCAGGUGAAUCAAACUCCAUCUCCGUGCCAGCCUCCUGGUCUGGCCGUUUAUGGGGUCGAACUAUGUGCACCCAAGAUGCCACCACUGGCAAAUUUACUUGCCUGACCGGUGACUGUGGUUCAUCCACCAUCCAAUGCUCCGGUGACGGUGCUAUUCCUCCUGCCACCCUUGCAGAAUUCACCCUCAAUGGAGCUGACGGGCUUGACUUCUACGAUGUCAGCCUUGUCGACGGAUACAACCUACCUAUGCUAAUAGCACCGCAAGGCGGAACCGGAGGUAAUUGUACAAUUACCGGCUGCGGUGUGGACUUGAACAAUGCAUGCCCGUCGGAGCUGAAGGUAAUGGACAGUGAAAACGGGGAGAGCGUGGCGUGUAAGAGUGCGUGCGACGCAUUUGGAGAGCCGCAAUAUUGCUGUAGUGGGGCUUACGCGAAUCCUAGCACGUGCAAGCCCAGCUCUUACUCUGAGUUCUUUAAAAAUGUUUGCCCUCGAGCUUAUAGCUAUGCCUAUGACGAUGGAACAAGCACUUUUACUUGCGCUGGAGCCGACUAUGCCAUUACAUUUUGUCCUUCCCCUUCUGCUACCGGUCUGAAAUCGGCAAAUGGGCAGUAUCCAGAAGCUGUGGAAGUCUCUGCCGGCACUCAUAGUACGUCACGCUAUCUGAUUGGCGGGGCCAUUACCAUUCUGGCGGCAAAUUGGCGGUUGUGGCAGCUGCUGUAUUGACCAUGCCGCACCACUUGCAAAACCCGCCUAACCUUUUCUCACCUGUACAAAUUGAACAAUCCUCUUGGCUCUUGCCUCCUGCAAGCGGAUGCAAUAUUCGCACCGCUUGAAGUGGGUCCUAACAAUUUGCGGCCCAGAUGAAGGAAUUGAAGAAUCGGCCUGGCCUGCAUAUUUCUCAGGUCAACUUGGAGAAAGCUUUUGGGAGUAGUUGCAGUGUAUUUUUGGAGCAAAGUUAUGAUGGAAAUGGGAACGCGUACAAUGGGCAAAAGGGUUGGCUGCGUCAGCAAUCACGUUUCUGAUUUGGAAAGAGACAUAGAAACAAGAAGUGGUGUCUUCAUUUUGCCUUAAUUUAAUAUUCCCAAUUGAUUUGAGGAUGUAAUAUUUUAGUGCUUUCACAUACUAUGAAUGAAUAUCAAUUGGAUUGUUCAGACAAAAAAAAAAAAAAUCAAUUGGAUUGUGUAGUUUUCCUUUUUUUUUUUUAAAAAAAAAUUGCCUGUUAAUGCCAACUUUGCUUAGCUCAUAAUCCUUUUCUAAUUCUUUUAUUUUUAUUAUUAUUACACUAAACUCAACUCUC